AAUUAUAAAAAAAAAAACACUAUUUGGCUAACGUAUAAUUCUAUCCAAAUUCCUUCCGGGAAGUAAACCCCCCUUGCUUGUCCUCGCCGGUGACCAACCGAGAGCCAUGUUUCUGGGCAGAACCCAAGAGUCCGCUCUCACCGUUCUACACAAUUUUAAUAAUUCCCUCGUAAACCCUAAUCCCCACAUAACCCUCACUCUCCCCAUGCGUACUUCCCUUUUCUCAUCUCUCUCCUUCCUCCGCUCUUUCACUAUUUCCCUCUCUUGCCACCACCUCCAUCUCUUAACCCGGCAACCCCUCUUCCUUCUCCGUUUUCCCACAUCCUCUCUUACCCAUCACAAUCGUCUCCCAUUUCGGAGUCUAAAGUGUUUCAAUAUUUCCACUGAACAGUUGGCGUGCGAAUCCCAUUCUCCUUCCGCAUAUGAAGAGAAAUGGGACUUCUCAAGCCACAUCGACAACGAAACUGACAUUUUUAAAUUCGACGAUGAUCCGGGUUAUUCGGGCGCUGGUGGAGAUAAGAAGCACAUGGAUUCACCGGCGCUUGAGGUCAGGGAGUUGGAGGAGUUGCCGGAGCAAUGGAGGCGAGCGAGAUUGGCCUGGCUGUGUAAACAGUUGCCGGCGCACAAGGCGGGAACUUUGGUGAGGAUACUUAACGCCCAGAAAAAGUGGAUGAGGCAGGAGGAUGCUACCUAUGUUGCGGUUCAUUGUAUGCGCAUUCGCGAACACGAGGCUGGGUUUAGGGUGUACAAAUGGAUGAUUCAGCAACACUGGUAUCAAUUUGAUUUUGCUCUGGCUACAAAGCUAGCAGAUUACAUGGGCAAGGAAGGAAAGUUUGCAAAAUGCAGGGAGAUAUUUGACAGUAUCAUCAAUCAGGGACUUGUGCCUAGCGAGUCCACAUUUCACAUUUUGGUUAUUGCAUAUCUUAGUGCACCAGUACAAGGCUGCUUGGAAGAAGCAUGUAGCAUUUACAAUCGCAUGAUUCAGUUGGGUGGUUACCAGCCGCGACUCAGUUUGCACAAUUCUCUCUUUAGAGCUCUUAUAAGCAAACCAGGAGGACAUUCAAAACAUUAUCUCAAGCAGGCUGAGUUUAUUUUUCAUAAUUUGGUGACAUCUGGACUUGAGAUACAGAAGAAUGUUUAUGGUGGCCUAAUUUGGCUACAUAGCUAUCAAGACAACAUAGAUAAAGGAAGGAUUGCAUCACUAAGGGAAGAGAUGAAGCAAGCAGGAAUAGAAGAGGACAAGGAACUGCUUUUAUCUGUUCUGAGAGCUUGCUCAAGGGAGGGUGAUGUGGAGGAAGCAGAAAGAGCUUGGCUCAAACUCCUCAGGAUUGAUGGUGGUCUCCCCACACAAGCUUUUGUGUAUAGGAUGGAAGUCUUUGCUAAGGUUGGAGAAUAUUUGAAAUCUUUGGAGAUAUUCAGGGAAAUGCAGGAGAGUUUGGGCUCUGCUAGUGUUGCAGCGUAUCAUAAAAUCAUGGAAGUGUUAUGUCAAGCUCAGGAAAUGGAAUUAGCAGAAUUGCUUAUGCAGGAGUUCAUUAAGUGUGGUAUGAAGCCCCUUAUGCCAGCUUUUAUUGAUCUGAUGAAUAUGUACCUUAAUUUAAAUUUGCAUGAUAAACUGAAGUCAGCUUUCUCUGCAUGCCUCGAGACCUGUCGACCAAACCGGACUAUUUACAACAUAUACCUGGAUUCUUUGGUAAAAUCCGGUGAUCUUCACAAAGCAGAAGAUACCUUCAACCAUAUGUGUAGUAAUGAAACUGUUGGUGUUGACACCAGAUCAUGCAACAUUAUUCUAAAAGGGUACCUCUCUUCUGGAGAUUAUAUGAAGGCAGAGAAGAUAUAUGAUCUGAUGUGCCAGAAGAAAUAUGAUAUUGAGUCCUCAUUGAUGGAAAAGCUUGACUAUAUACUGAGCUUGAGCAGGAAAGAGGUUAAGAAGCUUGUAAGCCUCAAGCUAAGCAAAGAUCAGAGAGAAAUUUUAGUGGGAUUGCUGCUAGGUGGUUUGCAAAUUGAUUCAGAUGAAGAAAGGAAGAAACACAAGAUUCGGUUUGAGUUCAAUGAGACUUCUAGCACACAUUCUGUUUUAAGGAGACGUUUAUACGGCCAAUACCAUGAGUGGUUACAUCCCUCCUGUAAGCUUAGUGAUGGUAGUGGUGAUGUAUCUUACAGAUUUUCUACUAUCUCGCACUCUUACUUUGGUUUCUACGCAGAUCAGUUUUGGCCAAAAGGUCGGGCCAUGAUACCAAAUCUAAUCAAUAGGUGGUUGACACCACAAGUUCUUGCAUAUUGGUAUAUGUAUGGUGGGCACAGAACAUCAUCUGGGGAUAUCUUGUUGAAGCUUAAAGGAAGUAGGGAGGGGGUGGCGAAGGUGGUUGAAAAUUUGAAAGCGAAAUCUCUCAAUUGCAGGGUGAAGAGAAAAGGGAGAGUUUUUUGGAUAGGCUUUUUAGGAAGUGAUUCCACAUGGUUCUGGAAACUUGUGGAACCUUAUAUUUUAGAUGAUUUGAAAGAUUUUCUAAGAGCAGGUGAUAAGACCUGGGAGAAUAAUGCAGCUGAAAAUACACACUUUAAUAGUGGAUCUGAUUUUGAUGAGGGGGCAUCUGAAUGCAGUGAUAAUGACAAUUCAUAGGGGACUUGUUUUAUGGAUAUAUGAUUGACCAUGUAUUUCAGUGCUUCAUAAGGACUUCGCCUCAGGUUUCCUAUCCUAGCAUGAAAAAGAUUUGAUUGCCAUUUUCUCACUUUCUAUGUCUCAUCCUCAGAAAACACUUUGUACAUACAGAGCCAAGUUAUGUGAUCAAACCAAUUGAUAAAAAUUUAUAGUCGAAUGGCAUUUAUUGCCAAGUCUUCUUCAUAACCUAAAUAUAUUUAGUGGGUGGAUACAGAAUCUAAUCUUUGGGCUUUUGGCUUCUUGGUAGAUGGGCUUGUAAAGUAAGUCCAUUGAAUCAUUUCACUUUGACGUGGAAAGGAUUAGUACAGGGAUGUCUGCCUUGUGUUGUUGCAGGAGCCGGGGAACAUAAGCCCUAGAAAAUUUUCAUCCCCAGUUUGAAUCCAUUUCUUCUCAUCCUCUCUUUGUGGGUUGAGUAUGAAAGGAUGCAUCUCUGAGAUAGUGGGAUGAGUAUGAGGAAUAUUAUUUAUUUAUUUAUUUUGUGGAUGGUGUAAGAAGACUACAUUUGUCACAAUAUAUCUAAGGUCACUUACUCUGAAUUGGGAGAAUUUUUGUUGAAUUGAAAUAUUCUUGUUCACGUGAAGAUAAUGUGAACUUUAUGAUCAUGUCUUGACUCUCAUCAAUUUCAAAGUUGAAUCCUUAUUGUUA